AGAGGUGUAUUUGUAAUCUGUGGAUCUUAUCGAUGUAAAGUACCCUCUAGAUCCGAUCUUCGGGGCAAUUGAGAGCUUUAAGCUCGCAGAUCAUCAUCAUCUACCUCAGAUAUCCUGACAUUGCGGGGUAUUUAUCACUGACCAUCUACCUCUCUUUCCUCAACUCACUGCUCCUUUCAUUCCUAUUCACCAUAAUUCAUCGUGUCACUAAAUGUCUCAACUAAUCUUCUACGAUUUGCCAACAAAAGAACCACGAGUAUCUUGGUCAUACAAUCCUUGGAAAACUCGAUUGGUUCUUAACUACAAGAAACUUGAAUACAAGACCGAAUGGACGGAAUAUCCUGAUAUCGAAUCAAAGUUCAAAGAUCACGUCCCUCCAAACCCACCCGAUGACACUCCAUAUACUAUUCCCGUGGUGCAGUUCCCUGAUGGAACGUAUGUCAUGGAUUCCAAGAAGAUAGCUACUAGAAUCGAGAAAGAACACCCAGAGCCACACCUCCACCUGGAUUCGCCUAUCCUGGAACAGUUGAGCAAAAUUACGCCCAAAGCUAUGGGGCCAUUGAGGGGAAUUGCGUUGCCCGGAGUGCACGCAAACCUGCUGCCAGAGAGAUCAAAGGAAUAUUUCGGCAGAACGAGACAAGCUAGAUUGGGUAAGACUCUUGAACAAUAUGGAAAGGACUCGGGUGGAGAAGAGGCCUGGAUGGAAGCUCUACCAGGAAUCAAGGAAUUAGGAGAGCUUGUCAAGGCGAAUGGAGGACCAUUCGUGAUGGGGAAAACACCCUCGUAUGCAGAUUUCGUGAUUGUGUCAUGGCUUCAGUUCAUGAAAGUCAUUGAGGAGGGCGUAUAUCAGCGUUUGGUUGGUCUCGAACCAGCACUUGGAGAACUUUACAACGCUUCAAAGCCAUGGCUUGAAAGGAAUGAUCAUUAGCUUCAGUAGGAUUCGCUGUUAUGGUCUUCAGCGAGAGGGGAGGUGGAAACUUGAGCAGGCACAUGUUUGUGUGUUAGCGACUUUUCAAGUAUGGUAGUCAGAAGUAUUGCCAUUGGAGUUCUGCAACGUGGCAAGGAAGCCGUAUUCGGAAUAGCCAAGUAACAAGUUAAAAGAAAAGACUGAAUGGGACUGUUCUCUCAAAUUGUUUGCAGAUGCCAUUCAUUUCGGCCAGUGCAUUUGAACUGAGCCCGCCAACAAGUUGGGCUGCAACAGCCGUUGCUGCAAUUACACCUGUUGCCCUCUGAAGCGAAUCCACAGCGAGUAUGAAUUUGGUAGCGUGUCUCUAUCGACG